UUCUUCCGAAGGGGACAGGCAUGCCUGUCUGACGCCUCCUGAGGUUGUGGGGUCUCUUAAAGUUGUGAUUGUGAGAAACGGUUGCGGUGACCUCUGAUGUAAAAAAAAAAAAAGUAAACAGGGAAUAAAACGGCAAGGCGGAUUUUACAUUGGAGAAAUACAAUGAAGAUACUUAACAGGAUUGAACUACCAAAAUUGACAGAAGUUCAAUGUUUCAGUAUAAUGGAAUGUGUGGCUAAGAGAAAGAGGAAGCAAUUGACAAAGGAAGAGCCUUCAAAGACUUAAAGAUGUGUUUUGCUAAUGGGUGUGAGCAAGCUAGAUGUCUUAUAUAGGCGUCUACUUCUCACUAAACUUUUCAUUCAAGGAUGGGGAAGACCAGAAGACUUAAAAAGAAUAUUUGAAUUCAGAAAGAUUAUUGGAAACAGGGAAAAAUGUCAGAAUCUUGUUCCAAGGGACUAUCCUGUGCACAUUAAUAAGGUUGAGGAACAAUCAGACUGCAAGAUCCUUGAUGGACACUUUAUUUCUCCUUUGGCACAUUAUGUUCCUGAUAUCAUGCCAUCAGAAUCAAUUACUGCAAGAUUUCAAUUUAUAGUACCAAAGAGAUGGAACAACAAGUACAAACCUGUUUGUAUUCAUUUAGCAGGCACUGGAGACCAUUACUUUUGGAGACGACGAACUUUAAUGGCCCGUCCAAUGAUCAAAGAGGCCUGCAUGGCUUCAUUAUUGUUAGAAAACCCCUAUUAUGGGUACAGGAAACCUAAGGAUCAGUUAAGAUCCUGUCUAAAAAAUGUGUCUGAUCUAUUUGUGAUGGGAGGAGCUCUUGUUCUAGAAUCAGCAACUCUCUUGCAUUGGUUGGAAAAAGAAGGAUAUGGACCUCUCGGGAUGACUGGCAUAUCAAUGGGAGGACACAUGGCAUCAUUAGCAGUAUCUAAUUGGCCUAAACCAUUACCAUUAGUUCCUUGUCUGUCCUGGUCUACAGCCUCUGGUGUUUUUACUACGGGUGUAUUGAGCAAGGCAGUGAAUUGGCGGGAACUAGAGAAACAAUAUUAUACUCAGAGUGUUUAUGAAGAAGAAAUAAUUCAAAUGCUUGAAUAUUGUGGAACAGAUUCAUUCAAGAUGGGACAAGACUUUGUUAAAGAUUCUCCAAACAGUGUGGACAGCUUGAGUUGUCUGGAUCUCAACUCUGGUAUUCUGCACCUAGAUAUCGGAAACAAAGUUCCUUCUUCAGAAGUGGGUGACUGCCUUAGUCCUAAUAAAAACAAUCUAAGCUCCUCAACGGAAGAAUUGUUGGUGCAAGAUGCACCCAAAAUGCAGUGCAUAAACCAGACAUUUUCAACCAGCACCAAUAGUGCUAACUUUUCCAGUGAACAAAAUCACCUGAUAAGUGGAAAAAAUGACAGUUUACAAAGGGAAUCAUUACGAUUUAUGAAAGGAGUAAUGGAUGAAUGUACCCAUGUUGCUAACUUUUCAGUUCCAGUUGACCCCACACUGAUUAUAGUUGUCCAAGCUAAGGAAGAUGCCUAUAUUCCAAGAACUGGAGUGCGUAGCCUUCAAGAAAUUUGGCCAGGAUGUGAAGUCCGAUACUUGAAUGGAGGUCAUGUUAGUGCUUAUCUCUUCAAACAAGGAUUGUUCAGGCAAGCCAUAUAUGAUGCAUUUGAACGUUUUGUUCAGAAAUAUUUGGCAUAGUCAUCUUCUGUUGAAUUGUUCCACGUACUUUCAUUUUCUUGUGUGGAUCCAUUCCCAUGAACUGGCAAUCUGUAAGUCAUUGAAUAGAACAAACCUAACAAGAUUGUAAUCAAAUGUAACUUUUUAAAGUUAGAUUUGUGGUGCUAAAGUGAUUUUAGCAAAAUUUGUUAAUAUUGGUGUCUUACAUCUGCAAAAUAUGCUUUGAUUAAAAAUAAAUAUGAUUUGGAAAGUUUAUACAUCCACAGAAGACAGACCAAUUCAAUAUUGACAAUUCUUUAAAUUUCAACUUGCACACUUCUUUUUGUUUUACUAUAUUAUAAAGAGCCAAAGAAUUAGGA